AUGGCCAAACCCAUCGUCCUCCACCUCGGCGAGCCGAUCAAGUACAACCAUCAAGAAUACGCCACCUUCUCAGAACGCUUCACAGUAGUGCACAAUGACUGUUUGGAUCGUGAGUCAUUCAUCCAAGCACUCCAGGACAAGUGCUUCGGCGACUUCUCCGCCUUGUUCCGUCCACACUUCCAAACAGGCGGCGAAAUGGGCCAGUGGGACGACGAGCUCAUCUCCCUUCUCCCCAGUUCCGUGCGCAUCUUUGCCUCAGCCGGUGCCGGUUUCAACUGGGCUGACGUGGAGUCCCUGGGUCGCAGGGGGAUAUGGUACGCCAACGGGGCGGGAGCGAGCGACGAGGCCGUCUCUGACUCGGCGCUGUACAUGAUUCUCUCCGUGUUUCGCAACUUUACGCGCGGACAGUUGGCGGCGCGGACGUGCGAUCCCGAGGCUUUCACAGCAGCGCAUAAGCUCCUGGCCACUAUAUCCGCCAACCCGCGGGGACACGUGCUUGGUAUCGUCGGGCUGGGGUCCAUCAGCAGGAAACUGGCGCGGAAGGCUGGUCCCAACGGUCUGGGGAUGAAGAUCCAUUACUACGAUAUUGUUCGUGCACCAGUCGACGUCGAAGAGGCACUGCAGGCUACGUUUCAUCCUACGUUGCACGGCCUGCUCUCCGUUUCGGACUGCGUGAGUCUGCACAUCCCGCUGAACCCACACACGCGGGGACUCAUGGACGCUUCUGCAUUCGCUGCUAUGAAAAAUGGUGCCAGAUUGGUCAACACGGCUCGUGGUGAGGUGGUAGACGAGGAAGUCCUCAUUUCGGCCCUGCAGAGCGGUCGUCUUUCCGCCGCGGGACUGGAUGUUCACGCGAACGAGCCACAUAUCAACCCCAUUCUCGCAGCCAUGGAGAACGUCACGCUUACUCCACAUAUCGGUGGUGGUGCUCUUGACACGCGCAUCAACUUUGAGCUUUUUGCCAUGCGAAAUAUCGAGGCUGUAGUGGGGGAUGGUGGUGAACCUCUGACGCCUGUGAACCGCAGGGCCGUGGAGGAGGCGAACGUCGCUGCUACGAAGUGA